CAUAAAUGGAAGCAAACACCUUCCUCCAUACCAUGAUCUGAUGGCCUGAACACAAAGAAAACAAAAUGGCAAGAUUACUCUGUCUAGUCAUUCUUCCCUUGAUCAGUGUACUGCCAUUCUCAUAUGCUUCACCCCUGUUGAUGCUAAGCACCGGCUCAUCCUUAUUUGUUGAAGAGCAUAAGCAAACCUUCCUUACCUCACCAAACGCCGAUUUCUCUUGUGGCUUCUAUGAAGUUGGAGGGAAUGCUUUCUCCUUCUCCAUCUGGUUCACCAACAGCAAGAAUAGGACCGUCGUAUGGUCUGCAAACCCCAAGUCCCCGGUAAAUGGCCAUGGCUCUAAGGUGACACUGAACCAUGAAGGUAACCUGGUCCUCGCUGAUGUCAAUGGCACCGCAAAUUGGGACAGCAAGACGAGCUCUGGCAAGGGCACAACGGCUGUCCUUCUUGACACUGGCAAUCUCGUCAUCAGAGACUCCACAGGCACGAAGUUAUGGCAAAGCUUCUGGGCACCAACGGAUACCUUGCUUCCAUUACAGCCUCUCACCAAAGGUACAAGACUGGUCUCUGGUUAUUUCAACCUCUAUUUUGACAAUGACAAUGUGUUACGCCUCAUGUAUGAUGGGCCAGAAAUAUCUAGCAUCUAUUGGCCAAGUCCAGACUACUCAGUGUUUGAUAUUGGGAGGACUAGCUACAAUGGCUCCAGGAAUGCAAUCCUUGACACUGAAGGACACUUCCUCUCAAGUGAUAAGCUGGAUAUCAAGGCUGCUGAUUGGGGUGCUGGAAUCAACAGAAGGCUGACGCUUGAUUAUGAUGGGAAUCUAAGAAUGUAUAGUUUGAAUGCAUCAGAUGGGAGCUGGAAAGUCUCAUGGCAGGCUAUAGCAAAAUUGUGUGAUGUGCAUGGACUGUGUGGCGAGAAUGGUAUAUGUGAGUUCUUGCCAAGCUUCAAGUGUUCUUGUCCCCCUGGAUAUGAGAUGAGAGAUCCAACAAACUGGAGCAGAGGUUGUCGUCCACUAUUCAGCAAAAACUGCAGCAAAAUAGAAGAAUAUGAGUUCUUCAAGCUCGCUCAAACCGACUUUUAUGGCUUCGAUCUAAUCAUCAACCAAUCCAUCUCACUUAAAGAAUGUAAAAAGACUUGCUUGGACAUCUGCUCCUGCUCAGCAGUCACGUAUAAGACAGGGUCUGGAACUUGUUACAUCAAAUAUGUACUCUUCAAUGGCUACAGCUCCACAAAUUUUCCGGGUGAUAACUACAUCAAACUACCCAAGAAUAUGGUUUCCAAACAGUCCGAUCUCUCAUGCAACCCAACCAAAGAGAUUGUACUAGGAUCUUCAAGUAUGUAUGGAAUGAAUGAUGCAAAUAAAAAUUAUGCAACCUAUUAUGUGUUUGCAGCAGUAUUGGGAGCUCUAGUGCUAAUCUUCACAGGUACAAGCUGGUGGUUUCUUUACAGCAAGCACAACAUACCCAUGUCAAUGGAGGCAGGCUACAGGAUGGUAACAAGCCAAUUCAGGAUGUUCACGUACCGAGAAUUAAGGGAGGCAACUGGAAAGUUCAAGGAAGAGAUUGGAAGAGGAGCCUCUGGUAUUGUUUACAGAGGAGUACUUGAAGAUAAGAGAGUGAUAGCCGUGAAGAGGCUAAUGAAUAUUUCACAUGGUGAGGAGGAAUUCUGGGCAGAAAUGAGUAUUAUUGGAAGGAUCAAUCACAUGAACUUAGUUAGGAUGUGGGGUUUUUGCUCCGAGGGUCAACAAAAACUACUGGUGUAUGAGUAUGUGGACAAUGAAUCACUGGACAAGUAUUUAUUUGGUGAUGUAAGUGCUGAGCGAUUGCUUGCAUGGAGCCAACGGUUCAAAAUAGCGUUGGGUACAGCUAGAGGUUUGGCCUAUCUCCAUCACGAGUGCCUAGAGUGGGUUGUCCAUUGUGAUGUAAAACCAGAGAACAUACUUCUGACCAGAGAUUUUGAAGUGAAGAUAGCAGACUUUGGACUGGCCAAACUCUCAAAGAGAGACAGUACCAGUUUAAACUUCACGCAUAUGAGGGGUACAAUGGGCUACAUGGCACCAGAAUGGGCGUUGAACUCACCAAUCAAUGCAAAGGUUGAUGUCUACAGUUAUGGUGUUGUUCUUCUUGAGAUUGUAACUGGAAGCAGGAUAUCAAGCGGGAUAAAAGUGGAUGGGAGGGAGGUGGAGCUCAGAGAUUUUGUGCAGGUCAUGAAACAUAUUCUGGCUACUGGGGACGUCAAGGAUGUAAUUGAUACUAGACUGAAUGGGCAUUUCAAUUCUGAGCAAGCAAAGGUAAUGGUGGAAGUUGCUAUAUCUUGUCUUGAAGAAAGAAACAGCAGGCCUACAAUGGAUGAAAUUGCAAAAGCCUUCCUGGCAUGUGAUGACGAAGACAAUCACCCAGCCUACUCAUGGUGACCUGCAAAGCAAUAGUGUUUUGAUUUGAAGGAUCAAAAACUAGUUAUUCAGUUUAGCAUGCACAAUACUUGAAGUAAACAGUUCUUGUUAGAGAAAAUAAGUCAGAUACUUCUAUAAAUUCAUUUCAGUAUAGUGGCAGGUUUGUUUAUUCAAAUGUACAUCCAAUAGAAAAAUAAGUGUGUUGGAUCAGUGGAACGCUGUACCAAUGUUUAAAGUUCUUAACUUUGCACUUCUGGUGAGUC